GCACUUUGAGAAAGGCCCUGUAAAAGAACAGAUGCGCUUUCCUCUCACUGUGAAUAAAUAUGUUCACAGGCGUCCGAGAAGGGCGCACACUUGUAAAUGAGGAUGUGGGGAAGCAAGGAUGGCCUGAUUGGUUCCAUUUGUGUCGCAACACGUCUGGUGCAGCCACACAGCACCCAUGUUUGGAUUUUCUUUUAGCCUCAAAUGAAAAUUUUCUGCAAAUGGUGACCGCGAUCUGAUUCCGUGUUUGCAGCUUGAGGUGAUUUGUACCCCGUGCAGGUUGGACAGCGCAAAUACGCAACCGGAUUCCACAUCAAGAACCGCGGCCGUUGGUGACUGGUAUCAGAUACCUCUGACACUUUCAGCUUCCUUAGUCUGUCAAAAUCCCUUUACUUCGCUCUUCACAUCAAAAUAUGGCCUCUCAGAUAUUUCUUCCUCUGACCUGUGGCACUUGUCGUAUGAGGUGAAGUGGCAUGAGCGAUAUUAGUCAUGCUCUUCCUGUACUGAAGAGCUGAAUGAGUAAAAGUGAAGAAUCUGUCGCAUACCAGACACAUUCUCAGCUGAGCGCAGGACAAACCGUCAACCCUGUGGUGAUGAGCUAAACUGAUACAGUUUGUUAGCGUUCAUAGAAAGUUGGAUUGGUUGAGCAGUUUCGGUACAGAGAUUCAUUUGUCUGAAGUAUUCUGCGCUCAGGGGUGGAUGAAAUACCAAUUGCAGCAUUGCCAGAUCUCACAAGAGAAGCAAGCAAUUUGGUCUGGAAAAACAAGUUCAAAUGAUUUUCUGCUGUGCUGGUUACUGCAAUGAAUGGUAACACUGUCCAGCAGACCACGAGCACUGCACCGUCCGUAGCACCUCCUUGUGGAUGGAGGGAGUUCUGCGAGUUGCAUGCCAGCACCACCGCCCGAGAACUUGCCCAGCACUACCGGCGCUUCAUCCAAGAGCGGCCGGUGCAGGAUGUGGUCCCACCGGAAAAUUUCUCCAAGCAGUUCAGCGCCCUGUUUCAGCACCACUUCAGCUGCGAGGUGGCUAAAGAUGCAGAACCCGCCCCUCUGCCUCCGCCCCUACCCCCGUUUCCACCCAUGACCGGCCGCUUACGCAUCACUUCUUUUUCAGGCGUGCUGGAUUACCGGGAGACUGUGCGGACGGGAGUCACACCUCUUGUUGCGGUCUUUGCGCCCAAACCGGAUACUCGGGGCAUUAGUAGGGAACAGGAGCAGUUGUUGCAUUGCUCUCCUGCAGACACUACAUGCCGAACUCGGCAUCACAGCCAGGAAGAUGAACCCCAGGAACGGCAGACUGGGUCCGAACGGUAUACGCCCACAGCGUUGCCUUUCCCUUCCCGUAGAGAUGUAACUCAUAUUUCUGUCCGCAUUCGAGAAAGCAUGUGCCGACUCUUUAAGAAAUACCCACAACUUGAUGAUUCCUCAAGUGGUUGCCCAAGGGAUGAAUCAGUCCAAGGGGGCGGACCCUCAGCGAACGUUGAAUAUACCUCACAAUUGCCACCUGCCCACCACACCUCGCAGCAAGGUGCAUUGUGGGAGCGUUGGAGUCGGUUACUGACUGUGAGACGCAGGCAGGAAACAGGAAAAGUAUGUAAGGAGGGCCAACUACGGUACCUGGAGGUGGAUGACACUAUCUCAGACAGGCCCCCGCAUUGGCUGCGCUGCCGCCUGCUGGUCAGGAGGACCAAUGAGCACACAGCCAGUGAGCGGUACCAGCUAGAGCUCUAUGACCCACCAAAGGACUACAAAACUCCAAAGCUUGCCGUACACUGUUCAGACAUCCAGGAGAUUCGACGAUGUAAUCGACUAGAGAUGCCAGACAACAUGAACACAUUUGUCUUAAAGGUUACUGGUCAUCCAGGUAGUUUUAUAUUCGAGGCAGAUAAUGAGCAGCAGGUGAGCUCCUGGACCACAGAGCUCAGAGAGUGCAUCAUCAGCAGGUCAGAUAGUGUGGAUGGAGAAGCGUUUCCUGUGUGUGAUUCUCUCAAUGCAGCUUGCAGAGGGAGCACAGAGCCAGGCAGCCAGGGUUCUCCGGGUUUUGGCCUCGCUGAGCACGGCUACAAUAAAACGGAUCACUUCCUGUCCUCUUACCCAUGGUUCCAUGGGCCCAUAUCACGUGUGCGGGCCGCCUACCUUGUACAGCAUGCUGGGGUCAGUGGUCAUGGGAACUUCCUGGUGAGACAGAGCGAGACACGGAGAGGAGACUAUGUCCUUACGUUUAACUACCAGGGCAGAGCAAAGCAUUUGCGUCUGUCUUUAACCGAGUGGGGUCAGUGUCGCGUGCAGCACCUGCGUUUUCCAUCUGUCAUGGACAUGCUCAGUCAUUUCCGCAACUGUCCAAUCCCGCUGGAAUGUGGAGCCGCAUGUGACGUUAUGCUGGCCAAUUACGUGAGGGUAAAUCCCACACACACAGGUCAGAGUUCGGCUUUUGGCUCUCCAGUAUUGGUGCCGUUCUCUCGCUGGAGCUCUGAGCCAAGUCUGGCUCGCUGUAGCCUGGAUUCAUAUCCUCUCUCCGGCCCCUCCGUGGCCCAGUCCUGUUCACCCCCAUCAGCAUUAGUCCCAGCCUUACACCGCAUACUUCCCGAUCGACCCGUUCCCGUACCCCUACGCCGGAGUGAGUCGGUGGGCCGCAGAAACCUACUCCGCCACCCCAACCCCCUCCCACCCCUUCUGCCCAACCGGGACUCUGACUAUGAACUAGAGCCGCCCGACAGGGGGCGCAAAAGGGCAAUCGACAACCAGUAUAUGUUCUUCUGAUAGAGACAGAGAACAGGAACAAAAGAUGAAAAUCGCUCCUGGUUUUUCACCCAGAUGGAGAGCAUAUGGCAGCCAAACAGCGAUCUCAAAGAGAAAACAGCCCGAAUUAUGCGAGAAUACAGGCGAGACUCGCAGUAGAGGCAGGUGUCUGUUAGUGAACGAUGCUGCCUGACACCUGACCCUGCCUUUCUAAGAGUCCUGACAGCUGUCUUCCCUGUGAAUGUAUUAUAUGGACGUUUCACUAUGGUUGAAAUGAGUGUUUAUUAUAGAAUUACUAAAGUAGAGAUGAGAAUUAGACAGCUGCUCAUGGGGAUACCGAAGAUGUGUUUGAGAAAGCAUAUAGAAAGUUUCAUAAAAGCUGGUCAGGAAGUUGUUCACAGGCUUGGGAACAUACACCACCUACCAAACCUUGGCAAGGGUCUAUUCAAAGACUUAGAGAUAGUUCACCCAAAAAUGUAGUCACCCUCAUGUCAUUCCAAACCUGUAUGACUUACUUUUGUAUGCUCAACUUUCUUUGCAGACUUUCUUGUCUCAUCCUCUCGAGUGAACAAGCUUCUGUCAUGCGCUUAUAGACACACAAUCAAGCUUUUCACAGAAAAAUUAAAUUUCCAUUUCUCACAAAAUCUAUCAUAUGCCUUUAGAAGACUUGGCAUAUGACGAAUGGACUACUUUUAUGAAACUUUGGAGUCCUUUUAAAGCUUUGAAGUGAGUCACUAUCAGCUGACAUUGUACUGAAAAGUCGGGCCGGAAUAGAGUGCAGCAGUUGGGUUUCAGAAAUAAAAAUCCCAUUCAUUUUCUCCAUAAACAAAUUCAUUUUUAACGAUAACUUAAAAGCUUUUAAAGACAGACCUUCCGUGAGCUCCGAGGUUGUUAAUUGAUGAUAUAUGCUCCUGUUGAAGUCAUCAGUCUGCGUUAUUUCAACGUCAUUGUUUAAAAAUUGUGUUUAAUAGCGCAGUUUCUAGUGAAGAACCACGCUACCCAUAAUCCUGAAGAGAGAUCCACCAAUCAGAGAAUCCAUUCACUCAAACUACUUCUAUAUCUUUAUAUAUCUGAAUAUUUUGCAAUACAUUUAAAAUAUAUUAUUUCUAUACUUUAAAUCAAUAGUUUUAUACAUUUCCAUCAUUUUUCAUGCGAUUACGUCAUUCGUGAUGCUUCAUGGGAUUGUAGUUCUUUCCCUCAUUGAAGACGUUAAGUACACAGUCUUGUACCUUUGUCUUUUUGUCCAGAUUUCCCAAUAGUAUUUUGCUUCAAAUCAAAGUUUAUAAUGUUGUGAUUCAUUUCGGAGCUGGUUGGUUUGGUUCAUGACUUAGAACUCUUUUAUGAAGGAUUUUAAAGAAAUCCCUAUAGAAAAAAUGAAUGGGAAAACUACUUCUGGAAACCAAGACAGCUGAAAAAGUUGUCAUUUGAAAUAUUCAUUACGUUUAAUUUUUCCAAGUCAUAUGGGUUUGGAACAACAUCAGGGUGAGUAAAUUAUGACAACAUUUUCAGGUGAACUAUCCCUUUAAAGCUGCAGUGUGUCAUUUCUACAGAGCCACACACUUUUGAGGAAUUAAACUAUUGAUGGCUUAAUUGUAGUUGUCUUACCUAUUAUGCUGUGAGAAGACUUUUAACAUCGAAAAAAUGUAAGCUGCACACAGCAGCUUAAAGAAAUAUUUCGGUGUUCAAAACAACUUUUUGGCUGUCGACAGCAUCUUUGACCCGGUGACAGAUACCACAGAGAAUAAUUUAAUUUUGUCCCUCAGUUUGUAAAAUCUAACAAAAAUUAUGUUUACAGAACAGCACUUACAGUGGAAGUCUAUGGGGCAAGAAAUGUGAAACUCAUUUUUGUUAAAGCACUUUUAUUAAAGUUUACGUAAAGUUGUUUGAAUAAUACUUAUAGCAGCGAGACUAUGUUUUUAGGUGGAUGAACUUCUGGCUUUUCAUUUCGGUUGUAAUUUCUGUGAAUUUUAUUUGCACCAUAUAAACAAUAUUUUGGGGAUAGAUGCAUUACGUCCAUUUUCUGGUAUUUGGUUUAGAUUGUCAGAUGAGUCUUGUGGCUAUACUUUCAAAACAGUGUGUAUAUUAACGUUUGUCAAAAUGCAAUUGCUGUAUACAUGAUUUUUGCUUAUUUUUACAAAAUUAUUUUCUGUGGUGAUCGUCCGAGUGCCAUGGAUGCUUUGAGCUCGAGUUGUAUUGAACCUUAAACAUUCCUUUAAACAAUGAUUAGAUCAAAAUAGUUCUUAGUCUGGCAGCACACGCACAUACACAUUCAGAUUUAAUUUCACACACUUUCAGAUGUUUAAUUCACAUUCUUCAUGUUCAAUUAUAGUAAUACACAGGUUUCUAGUUUUCAAUAAGUUUUGUGUAUAGGGAGGCCAAAUAUUUUAGACCAUAGAACGCAGUUAGCCAUGUCAUCAUAGAUUCUAGAGGUCCUAUGCUAGGUUUACAAGUUAACUGACCAAAGAGUAAAAAUAACCGAACCAAACCAGCAAUAGCUGGCUUAAUGCCUAAAUUCACAUCACAUUUCACAAAAGACUUUAUUUUAUUAUUAACCUGUAAGGUAGUUCUUUCUAAAAACAUUUAGCAUUUUAACUCACCCUCCUGUUUUUCAUGGCUCUUAGCUGUGGAAAUACUACUUUUAAAUGAACAGCUACCACAUCUGACACCACAAAUAGUUGAUUUAAGCUAUCUGUCUACCAUUUUUCAGUACAUGCAUUACAGAAAUGUUGCUUGGUCAUUUUUGGAACGUAUUCUACUUUUCCUCUGUUUUUGAAUAGUUGUCUUUGUGGCUUAACACUACCACAGUAUUCAGAUUCAGCAAUUACUUAGCAAUAUGUCUUGUUCAUACAUAAUUGGGUGAAUGUCACAAAAACAUGUCCAGGUUACACAUCCAAAGAAAAAAAGGAUGAAAUUAUAUUUUGCAUGAACAAAAUGUUUUUAGGACUUUUUAGAUCUUUUAGAUUUAGAUAAUUCAUGUUUUGCAUUGUGAUAUUAUUCAACAUUUAAGCACAUUUAAUUUUUUUGUUUUGAAUAUCAAAUCUUACUUAUUAGCCUUUCAUUACUGUAUAGUAAUGUUUUACUGUAUUACAAAACGACUACUACUUUUUCUACUUUUUAUUCAAAUCAGAAUAAAAACAGCAAUACUUCCAUGAUGCAGAAAUAGUUUUUCAUAUAUAUAUAUAUAUAUAUAUAUAUAUAUAUAUAUAUACUAAUACAAAUCAUAUAUAAUUUUACAGUAAUGUUGUUUGCAUUAUGGUAAUGGAAAUUUGAAUGAAAAUAAUGUAAUGCACAGAUGUUUAUGGCUCAAAAAAAAAGGCUUUAUCUUCUUUCAGCAAAAUUUAAUUUCAUAUUUUUAUUCCUUCAAUUUUUGGAUGCCAAUAUGACUUGCACUUGUUCAAUUAAUCAUGCGAAAAUAAUUCAUUUCUUUGCUCUCUCUCUUUCUCUUCUGCUUUGCUGCAGAAUUCGGUCUCUGCUACAUUCUGUCCCAUUAAUUUAUCUUUAUUGGCCUUCUUUUAUUUAUAUUUUUGUAACGAGCCUUAUUACCACAAAGAACCAUUUCACACUUCUCUCUGUGGGAAAACAAAAGGCGACCAUGUUCUAGACUCUAUGAAUAUAUACAGUAUAUUUUUUAACAUGAUAUGAAUGAAAGCGUGAACUGUACCUGUGUAUCACUACCUCGCAUUGCAUUGUGGACUGUGUUCCAGGUGGGCUGAUUUUGCAUUGGAUGGAGGCGGGCAGCAUUGAAAGAUGAAGUUAGACAAUCAAUUACUAAAUUGCUUGUGUCAUAGACAUGCAUGUCUACUAAUAAGUGAUGUGCUAAAUUCAAUCAGCAGAAUAUUGUUUAAAUGACUAUGCUGCUUCCGCAAAUGACCCAGAAUGUCCUUUUGUAAUUGUAAAACACUUGUUUUUAUGCAAAUAUGUUGUUUAUAUCAUGAUUUUUAAUAUGUACAGAUUAAAGGUUGUAUAUCUGACUCUAUCAGAUACAACAGAAGCUGCACUGUCUGGUAAGGAAUGGCUUAUUCCAAACGUAGUGCUCCACGGGCCCUGUUGACAAAGUAAAUCUCAAAGCCAUUUGUACUGUUUUGGUUUGGUAUUGUUUUGUGUAGUAACUGAAAUGGCCGAAGGGAGGGAAAACUGAUCCUAGAACAGUGCUUUGGACUUGUAGAUGCUUUAUACAUAUAGGCCGAUAACUGGAGCACUAGCCUGUGCCACCUUCUGAUGGAACCAAUGCUUCAGAGUGGCAAAUGUACCCCGUCUAAGGUCCCUCGAUGUUCAACUGAUGAAUGAAUGUCUUCUCUCUCUAUACUGUUGUUACUAUGAGAUGAAUGAGAGCACUGUAAACCCCUGGGCUUUACCCUCAGCUAGUUUAACCACUCCACCACGGCUUUCCGAUCAAACGCAUGUUACUUUCCAUGUAGCAUUAUGCAUAUUAAAUUAUAUCAACUGUAUAUUUGAUUAUUUUUUUUUAAGAGGAAAAUAAAGUUAAUGUUUCAA